GAUCACUUUUUGAGGACUCAGACCUUCUCCAUGCUGGAAACCCAAAAGAAAAUGACGUGACUGCUGUGCUGCUGACCCCUGGGUCCCAAGGAAUUCUCUUGGCGACAACUCCCCAUUGAAGAAUGUUCCUUUCUUCUGGAGAAAGGAGGGCACCUUUCACGUGGGAGUUUUUGUCUCCUGUUUUCCGGGAGAGAAGGAAGAUCAGAGUGCCCUCGUUGCAUCUGCUGUUUUCAAGUUGCCUUAGCUUGAGGUAAUCCUUAUGUCAAAGUGGCCUAUUUUGGGGUUGAAUGUUCUGCCACUCUUCACUGGGAUUGGAGUGUGUAUGUGUGUAUUUGGGGGAGAUUGGAGGCUUGAGUUUGGCUGCUCUGACAAGACCCAGAGAUCCAGGCAGAUGGAGGCACCACCAUCUUAUCACAUCACCAUCUCAGCACACUGCUUCAGGGUCUCUCCCAUGGAGAAGGAAGCCAGGUGACCUCACACCUACUUCGCUGUGCUUCAGCCAAGAAGUAACCCACUUGACUUUAACUUACAGCCUGCUCAUCAGAAUUAGCCACAUGUCCCUGAGCCAACUACAACGGAGCCUGGAAUAUGCAAUCUUCCCCAGCAUCUGGGAGAGGAAAGUGAACAUGGAGCAUUGUCUUGGCUGUGGUGGCCAACAAACAUUGGGACAGAACUUGAUUGUGGGGGCACCAGUGGGAGGCGAGUGUUAUGAUCCGAUGGCUUCACUUGUGAGCUAUUCUUCAUGAUAAUAUAGGCUAAACCUGAGCCCUGGGCUCCAGGACAGGCAGUCUGCUGCCUUUGACUAACUUUUAAGUGCAGAGGUGCUGGGCUUCUCUGUAGAGGAGCAGCACUGCUGAAUCACAGUGAUUUUCCUGGAGAGAGAGUCCUAGGAGGGGAUUCCAGCUGUUCCCCACCCCACCUGAAGCAAAGGCUAUUCUUCCCACAGGAGUGCUCCUGGGGAGCCUGACACCACCAGGGAGGAGCCGCACUUAACCCUGGGGCUUCUUGUCAGAGCUUUGGUUAGGUGAAACCUGGAUCCUGGAGGUGCCCUGGGAAGCUUCUGUCUCCAAGAUUCACACCCAGGGGUCCGGCUGCUGCAUGGCUCCCAACAUAUCACAGAGCCAAGGCUCCUUCUUCCAGCUGGCCCAUGUCUUGAGUUUCUGCUUUAUGCUUCUGGUGCUUCUCCCAGCAGCCUGCUGCCUGUUGCAACAUGUGCUCACAUGCCGCACUUCAUUUCUGCGUCUGUACUCACCAGCUCAUCUAGUUCCUGCUGGGCGCCAAACACACACCCACCCUUUUUUGCUGACCUUCUGUCCCUUCCUCGGUUUGCCACCUCCUUGCUUCACACUGACUUUGAAACAGUGUGUCUGGCCUCCGUGUUACCCGCCUUUUCCCUGAUCUAGCCUAGAUCCUGAAUGCCAGCCAUCCCCCUCAGCUCUUCCUCUUGGGCUCCAUUCUGCUGACACUCAUAAUUCCUACUUUGUCUCCCCUUCUUACCAAAGGCCUAAUCUUCAUUUGGGGGCACUGCCUCCCUCACCAAAGUGCAUUCCUGGACAUCCUAGAGCAGCCUACUUCACCAGGUUGUAAUUUACACCACAGGUCCCCCUAGGACAUUGCCAGUCUCCACGGAAACCUUGACAAUGAAGCCAGUCUCCUGGGUUCUCAUCCUCUCUCCCUCUGGGGACAAGAAGACUGACUGCAAGAGUAAAGGGCCCAUUUCUGUCUCCCUGGGCCCAGGCAAACUGCUGCCUCUGCCUCUGCUGUCUCGGGCCCUGCCUCAUCUGCAAGAAUGCUGCUCAGGAAGUGCCUGCUUCCUGCAUGAUGGGAGGUGGGAUCACCAGGAGCUGAUUGGUGAAGCCGGGGGUCAAUCUCAGAGGUCAGCAAGGCCAAACCCCGCUUUGGCACAUGGAAGACUGGGGUCCUCAGUGGCUCAUGAAUCCCAAAUGAGAAGAUGUGCUUUUCCAAAGUUUCGAGACUGGAGAAUAUGCUGAGAAUACGCUGGGUUCUGUCUUCAGGGCUGAAGAGGAUAUGACGGUGAGUAAAACUCAGUCCUGUCUAUGUGGGGGAGACAGAGAGGUAAACGGGUAAUAUGGGGGCAGGUUUCAUAUUAAGGGAUGCCUUGAAAGGACCCCUCACUCAGCCUAGGGGUCCUAGAGAAGGUGACCACUGAACCAAACUUAAAGGAUGAGCAGAAAUUGGGUGAACGUGGAGGCUGGGGAUAAAGAAGGGAAAUCAUGAGCAGGGCCAGGAUGGAGGGGAGUGUGGUAGGGUGAGCCGAGGACUGCAGGAACUAGCCAGGGGAACUGAGAAGGGCUCCAAUGUUGGAAGGCCCUGGAGAAAAAUUAAGGAGUCCAGUGUAGGAGCCGCUAGGAGGUUUGAAGCAGGGGAGCCCGGGGUCCAUCUGCAUUCACGAUGGUCCUUUCUGAAGCAAUACUCAGGAGGGGUGCUGGAAGGCUGGAUGUGUGGCUGCAUGCCAGAACGAGGGACAAGAAGUCAGGCAGGGACCCACAUUCUGGGAGCGUGGUGGUCAAAAUGCUCCAAAAUAUUCCCAGAAAGGCAUCCCAGAGGCCUGUUCCCCCAUGGCCACCAUGUGCCACAAGCUUGGGCCCAGCCGCUAUGCUUACUCCAUAUAAGGCUGUUGUAGCCAGAGGGCCCUGGUGGACUGGGAGACCCUGCCUCCGGUUGGGACCAUCAGUUUCCUCCCACUAGGAUGGAGAGUGUGGCCUGUGGUGCUGGUGGGACUCAUAGUAGACCACCUGGGAGAACACAUAGACUCAGAUCGGCAGGGCAGCCCUCUCUGCCAUGUUGGAUGAGGAGAGUCUAUUCUGCAGAGGAGGCCAGCGUGCACUGGGGAGAGGCCCCGUCCCAGAGAGAGGGUCUGAGACAGACAUGGGGGCACUUGAUGGAUUUCCUUUUCCGGGAUCUGAGCCCUCCUGAGGGCCCUUGGACUCCAAAAGUGCCCUUGUAUCUCUAUAAUAAAUCCUCAUGUUUCAAAUUCUUCAGUUGACCUAAGUGGGUUUUUCAUUGUUGCCAUCAAAAAUGUUGACUAAGACAGUGGCCGUGCAUAGCCUUGAUGAUCUGGUAAGUGGGUCUUUGUCCCCUUGAGUUGGUUUAAAACUCAUUCCCAGUGUAUGGCAUGGAUAGCAGAGGCAAGAAAGAAGAGGAGCCUGUCUUCUUGCCUGCUGUUUCCUUGAGAGUGUCUGAGCAUCUUGCUGGUCUAUUCCCAGCACGGCUGCGUGAGGCAGCCAGAGGGGCCCAGGGGCUUUGUGGAGGGCAGAGUUCCUCCCCUUGCUGAGGUCUCCAUCUCUCCCCGCCUCUUCCGCACCUUGGGGCUGUGGGGUUUGGGGAACAUCGAUCUUCUGGAGUUGCCUGAGUCAGGGUGAACACGUGGCCCCAGGAGGUGUUUCCAGGGCAACCAGGAGCAGCUUCUCCCGGUCAACCAAAGAAUUCCCCACGGAGGUCAGAGGUUGCCAGGGGUCAACAGGAGCAGAGAAAGUGCAGGUAUGCCCAGAAAGAUGUGAGGAAAAGGAGGGGCCAGGACCCCCCUUGGCCUCCCAUCCCCACUUCCAGAAGCCCUCCAGGUGGGCGGCCUGCCCUGCCCCCCAAGGCCCUUAGUGGCUACCCCAAGGGCACCCAUGCUUGUGAGCAGCCCCCACCUGCCUGCUUGCUGGGCUUUUCCAGGGAAUUCAAUUAGAGCAGUGGCUUCCUCGCCUCCUCUGCCCAACUCCAGGGCUGGAUCCUGAACCCCACCUGCUCUCCCACACAGGGCUGGGGAUGGGAGGAGGCAGGGGCUGACCGGUGGGUCUGAUGAUAAAUUGUUUAUUGGGAUCCUGCUGGGGGGAAGGGGAGCUGUCCUGUCCACUCCUGGCUUAGCUGCUGACUCAGAAUAGUCCUUUCUUCCAUGCAUCUAUUUCUCCAUCUGUUCAACAGGCAGAUUCAGCAUCUUCAUCCCGCCCUGGGCUGAGGAAGAGGCUUGCCUAAAUUGGAGGGAGAAGGAGAAGGGAGAAGCAGUGAGGCCCUGGAGAGACCAGCCCUUCCUCAAUGCAGCCUCUGUGGAACCAGGAGCCCCCAAUAUAGAUGCUGGGUUCAGGUGAGUCGGGAGGAAGGGCUGUGGGAGGGCCUAGGCACAGCCUGCACUGAGCUUCACAACACAGUCAUAGGCAGUGUGGCCAGGGGCCUCUCUGCACACCCUGGGGUUGGACCCCUACAGGAGGAGCUGGCCCUGGACCCUCCCUGGGGUCCAGGGCCAGCUCCCACCAGACCUAGGGUGCCAGGGCACCCCUAGACUAUUCUUCACUGCAUCCCUGAUCCUCAUCUCUGAAUCACCCUUUGAUGAAGCCCCACUUCCUGUCUCACCCCACUGUAACUGGACUAUGCCUUCUACCAUUGUGUUCUCUCAUCCCCUGGCUCUAAGAAAGCCACAGAGGCAGCAAUGGGGAGGGUAAGAGCUCUACUGUGGGCCCAGUCCUGAUUCACACCUAAGGCCCUAAUUGCCUGAUAACCCUACCAGGGACAGCAGGACAUCCCUGAGCCUCUCACCCACCCUGCAGACCAUCCUGAACUACUGCCCUGGGCUGAGCUUGGGGGUCCUGGGAGCCAUGGAGCCAGCCCUUCUCUCCAAGGCUCCCAGUCAGGGGCAGGGAGCUGCCAUGGAAUCUCACAAACUUUGAUUACUUAUUUAAAUACGAGUAACACGUGUUUAGUGCACAGAAAUGAGGAAGCAAAAGACAAUGAAAAAUUGCCGGCAACUCCACUGCAAAAUGAUUGCUGUUUUACACCUUCACUGUGUGUACUGAUCUGUAAUCUUCUUUUUGUUGUUGUUGUUGUUGUUGUUGUUGUUUUUGAGACAGAGUCUCGCUCUGUCGCCCAGGCUGGAGUGUAGUGGCGCGAUCUCAGCUCACUGCAAGCUCCGCCUCCCGGGUUCAUGCCAUUCUCCUGCCUCAGCCUCCCCAGUAGCUGGGACUACAGGUGCUCGCCACCAUGCCCGGCUAAUUUUUUUUUUUGUAUUUUUAGUAGAGACGGAGUAAUCUUCUGUUUGAGGAAAUGAUCGCCAUUUUACACCUUCACUGCGUGUGCUGGUCUGUAAUCUGCUAUUUGCACUUAUGAGUGCAUGUGAAUAUUUUUCAGUCACAAGAGACAUUUCCACGGCAUGUUCUUUAGCAACUGCCCAGUGUGUGAUGUAAGAGGCUCAUUUUGCUGGUUCCUCAGUGGUGGCUUUCAGGACUGUUUCUGAUAUCUGCCAGCCCUUCGGUGAAUUUCCCCAUGACCUGCUCAGCUACAGGUGACUUUUCUGGGCAUUGGGCAUACAGCUGUUCACAAAACAGAGACCUGUGCAGACACGUUUCUGGUCAUAUCCUAUCACUUCUUUCAACUGCUGACUGGAUGAGGUAUGGCCAGGCCAAAGGGCACACCUCUGGGAUUUGCCCUCCCAAAGGCCUGUGCCUGUCAGGGUGGGCCUCUGUUCCGGAUUGGCCUGGCAGUGGGCACUGGGCAUGACCUGCAGGGACAGAGCAGGUUCCAGAUGAAGCAGGGAGAGCAAGCCUGGGUCCUGGCCCUGUGUGUCUGGUCUUAUGACUAUUUUGACCAGGGCUUCACCAAGCAGCUGUUUUCCCAGCUCCUAGACUGGGCUGCUGGGGCUGGGCAUGGAACAGAAUAUUUGAAAUGGGGCCACUCUAGGUGAUCCCAAGCUGCUGAGGUGCCUUUUGGACCCAGCUGGUGGCAGCCGUUGCCUGAAAGGAUCUAGGUGGUGGGGAGCCCAGGCUUCCACCCGAGGCCACCAAGGGCGGUCCCAGCCUGGCCCUGCCCCCUACCCUGUGCCUCCACCCCUGCCCUUCCUAUGCUCCAAGGCAGACAGGGAGGCGGGAGGCCAGGUAGCUCAGGAACCCAAACCUGUCGGGCAGGUUUUGAGAGCUGUGGAGAGAGGGACAGAGGCUGGAGAAGGAUGCAUGGCCUGCCCUGGGCUUGCCUGUUCCCUCCUGAGCCUGAGCCCCUUACCUUCCUGACCCCAUGAAGCACGCACUGGCUCUGCUGGCUCCCCUGCUGGGCCUGGGCCUGGGGCUGGCCCUGAGUCGGCUGGCAGCAGGGGCUACAGACUGCAAGUUCCUUGGCCCGGCAGAGCACCUGACAUUCACCCCAGCAGCCAGGGCCCGGUGGCUGGCCCCUCGAGUUCGUGCACCAGGACUCCUGGACUCCCUCUAUGGCACCGUGCGCCGCUUCCUCUCGGUGGUGCAGCUCAAUCCUUUCCCUUCAGAGUUGGUAAAGGCCCUACUGAAUGAGCUGGCCUCCGUGAAGGUGAAUGAGGUGGUGCGGUACGAGGCGGGCUAUGUGGUGUGCGCUGUGAUCGCGGGCCUCUACCUGCUGCUGGUGCCCACUGCCGGGCUUUGCUUCUGCUGCUGCCGCUGCCACCGGCGCUGCGGGGGACGAGUGAAGACAGAGCACAAGGCGCUGGCCUGUGAGCGCGCAGCCCUCAUGGUCUUCCUGCUGCUGACCACCCUCUUGCUGCUGAUUGGCGUGGUCUGUGCCUUUGUCACCAACCAGCGCACGCAUGAACAGAUGGGCCCCAGCAUCGAGGCCAUGCCUGAGACCCUGCUCAGCCUCCGGGGCCUGGUCUCUGAUGUCCCCCAAGAGCUGCAGGCCGUGGCACAGCAAUUCUCCCUGCCCCAGGAGCAAGUCUCAGAGGAGCUGGAUGGUGUUGGUGUGAGCAUUGGGAGCGCGAUCCACACUCAGCUCAGGAGCUCCGUGUACCCCUUGCUGGCGGCCGUGGGCAGUUUGGGCCAGGUCCUGCAGGUCUCCGUGCACAACCUGCAAACCUUGAAUGCUACAGUGGUAGAGCUGCAGGCCGGGCAGCAGGACCUGGAGCCAGCCAUCCGGGAACACCGGGACCGCCUCCUUGAGCUGCUGCAGGAGGCCGGGUGCCAGGGAGAUUGUGCAGGGGCCCUGAGCCGGGCCCGCACCCUGGAGCUGGGUGCUGAUUUCAGCCAGGUGCCCUCUGUGGACCAUGUCCUGCACCAGCUAAAAGGUGUCCCCAAGGCCAACUUCUCCAGCAUGGUCCAAGAGGAGAACAGCACCUUCAACGCCCUUCCAGCCCUGGCUGCCAUGCAGACAUCCAGCUUGGUGCAAGAGCUGAAGAAGGCAGUGGCCCAGCAGCCGGAAGGGGUGAGGACACUGGCUGAAGGGUUCCCGGUCUUGGAGGCAGCUUCCCGCUGGGCCCAGGCACUGCAGGAGGUGGAGGAGAGCAGCCGCCCCUACCUGCAGGAGGUGCAGAGAUACGAGACCUACAGGUGGAUCAUGGGCUGCGUGCUGUGCUCCGUGGUCCUAUUCGUGGUGCUCUGCAACCUGCUGGGCCUCAAUCUGGGCGUCUGGGGCCUGUCUGCCAGGGAGGACCCCAGCCACCCAGAAGCCAAGGGCGAGGCUGGAGCCUGCUUCCUCAUGGCAGGUGUGGGCCUCAGCUUCCUCUUUGCUGCCCCCCUCAUCCUCCUGGUGUUCGCCACCUUCCUGGUGGGUGGCAACGUGCAGACGCUGGUGUGCCGGAGCUGGGAGAAUGGCGAGCUCUUUGAGUUUGCAGACACCCCAGGGAACCUGCCCCCGUCCAUGAACCUGUCGCAACUUCUUGGCCUGAGGAAGAACAUCAGCAUCCACCAAGCCUAUCAGCAGUGCAAGGAAGGGGCAGCGCUCUGGACAGUCCUGCAGCUCAACGACUCCUACGACCUGGAGGAGCACCUGGAUAUCAGCCAGUACACCAACAAGCUACGGCAGGAGUUGCAGAGCCUGAAAGUAGACACACAGAGCCUGGACCUGCUGAGCUCAGCCGCCCGCCGGGACCUGGAGGCCCUGCAGAGCAGUGGGCUUCAGCAUAUCCACUACCCCGACUUCCUCGUUCAGAUCCAGAGGCCCGUGGUGAAGACCAGCAUGGAGCAGCUGGCCCAGGAGCUGCAAGGACUGGCCCAGGCCCAAGACAAUUCUGUGCUGGGGCAGCGGCUGCAGGAUGAGGCCCACAGACUCAGAAACCUUCACCGGGAGAAGGUCGUCCCCCAGCAGAGCCUUGUGGCAAAGCUCAACCUCAGUGUCAGGGCCCUGGAGUCCUCUGCCCCGAAUCUCCAGCUGGAGACCUCAGAUGUCCUAGCCAAUGUCACUUACCUGAAAGGAGAGCUGCCUGCCUGGGCAGCCAGGAUCCUGAGGAAUGUGAGUGAGUGUUUCCUGGCCCGGGAGAUGGGCUACUUCUCCCAGUACGUGGCCUGGGUGAGAGAGGAGGUGACUCAGCGCAUUGCCACCUGCCAGCCCCUCUCCGGAGCCCUGGACAACAGCCGCGUGAUCCUGUGUGACAUGAUGGCUGACCCCUGGAAUGCCUUCUGGUUCUGCCUGGCAUGGUGCACCUUCUUCCUGAUCCCCAGCAUCAUCUUUGCCGUCAAGACCUCCAAAUACUUCCGUCCUAUCCGGAAACGCCUCAGCUCCACCAGCUCUGAGGAGACUCAGCUCUUCCACAUCCCCCGGGUUACCUCCCUGAAGCUGUAGGGCCCUGUGGGGUGAGGUGACCCUGAGGCUGCCUGUCCUCCCCUUUGAUUUAGCCUGGGCCACAGGCCUUCGGUAGCUCUUGCCCCAGAGCCCAGGCUGGCAUCCAGGCCUGGACUGUCCCCAAUUCCGGCUUACCUGGCCCCACCUUGCCUGCUCCUUUCCACCCCUUUCUGCUCACGACCCCCAUCAUUCCCUCUCAGAAUCACAUGGGACUUCUGUGCAGCUGCAGAGCCGGCAAGUCCCUCCAGGUGUCACCCCUUACCCCCAUGCUGGUGGCAUCCUCACAGGAAGAGCCUGUUCUCCCCCUGCUGGAGCCUGGACCCUGGGGUGGGACAGAGGCCUCGUCCAACCCCACUCCCCUUCCCGUGUGUCUUCCCCCUGCCAAGCCUCCCCCUGCCCCUCUCUGAGCCCCUCGCCCCCCCACACCGUCCUCAUCUGGCCUCCCCCCGGCCCCCGCUUCCCUCUUAUGCCCUUCCCGGCCCUUUGCUUCCUCCCUUAGUCCCCUCUUCACCAUAUCUCCACUGCUACCUUGCUGGCCCCAGAGACCACCCUGCCCAACCAAACCACUCAGGUAACGCCACUAAUCAGGCAGGGGCCACCAUGGCCUAGGUCUGGGCUGGCUGCAGGCCCUACCUCAUGGCCUCUGAGCCCUCCACUGCCCCAGGGCCUUGGGCCCUCUGCAGAUCUCAUCCAGGAUUUAUUGGUGUCCAGUGGGGUGAGGGAGGCCUGUCUGAAGGCCGAGCCUCCCUGCCUGCACCCAGGUUAGAAAUGGGGGUACCAGCACUUAGCUCCUCCCUGAGUGCUGGCUCCCAAGGAAGGGACCUGGGACCUGGGCCACAGUGGGGGCUUGCCCUUACCUCUUCAGAAGGAAGCAUCUUCCACAGCCCCCACCCAGCUUUCUUAGGAGUGAUCUGGUGGCCAGAACAGGAUUUUGCACGGCCCCUUCUAUCCUGCGCGUGUGGCCUAGGGUCAUCCCCAGCCCAUCCCUGUGUCAGCCCUGAGUGCUGGACACUGCGUUCCAGAAAUGAGGAAGAGGAGAGAGAAGAGAUGGACAGACCUCAGAUCCAUUAAAGUGUUCUCACUUCCCUGA